AACCUUUUAUUUGUUUCUCCUAUUUUCAUCGCCUACCUCUAAUUAAUUUCAGAAAUUAAGGCUUCAUAAAGUUAGAAGAGAAAUGAUGUUUGUGUCCUGUUAUUCCUAUAUAUGCGGGAAAUUGUCUAUAACUAAUUUUAGCUGUCAAAUGUCAACUUAUUUUAAUUAGCAUGAACCCACAAUUUUAGAAAAAUAAUAAUAAUUCUAUAUGAUAUUCUAUUGUACUUUUCUUAAAGCUCCUUACUCCUCCAUAAUUUAAUCUAUACAUAUAUUUGUUAUCAUGCCCUUCAAUUUCUAAGCAACCACAAUUUUCAUUUUUGAGUUUGAGACACUAUAUAUAAAAUCGCCAAUUCAAGCAUUCCUCUCAACAAAUUGUUUCAAUUCCAAGACAAUUAGUCUCCUAAUAGAUUAUUCAAUUUUCCUCUCGCCCUGCUUUCUGCAGGGGAGAGGAGAAAUAGAAAAAACUCCAAAAAAAAAAAAAAAUUAAGAAAACAAAUAGCCCUUUAAAUCGAAUACUCAAUCAAAGAGGGAUCAUAUUGCUUGAAUUGCUUGAUCAUAUUCAUACACAAUUUCGUUAUGAAUGAGUCUACCAAACAACAUGACGUUGUUGGUUAUCAAAAAAGCAUCAACAAUGCAAACAAUCAUCACAAAAAACCUCCUACCUCCAAAGACAAGAAAAAGACGUUCAAAGGGGGUCCUAUGAAUAUUAUCAAGGUAGCAUUAUAUAUGUUGCGGAAGAAGGGCGAUAAAUCUUCUAAAAAGUUGUCGCCCUCCUUCCCAACUACUGCCACCAACGUUACUCUGACUAAUUUAGUGGGGGCAUUUCGACCCUUUCACCUUCAGAGGGACGUUGGUGACAUGUCCCCUCCAGCACCUCCGCCACAUAAUUUUCUAGAAUCGCAUGUGGCGGAGGUGGUGGUGCCGCCUGAGGAAACUUCCCCGGCCUAUAAUCCCAAGUAUGCCGCCUCCACGUGCUCAUCUUCCUCCGGUGGAGCAAUGAGUAGGUAUGACUCAGCUCAGAGUUUGUAUGAUCUUGAUGACCAUGAUGAUGGUGAUGAUCAUGAGGAGGGUAUGAUGGAUGAUGGAGAUGCUUAUUAUGAUGGUCUUGAAGGGGAUGAGAUGAUUGAUGCUAAGGCUGACAUGUUCAUUGCUAAGUUUUACCAGCAAAUGAGGCUUCAACACUUGAAUUGACCCAUCUCUAUAUAUGAAACACUGGGAGCAUGAAUUCAUGAUCGUGCAUCAUGCAUCAUGUAUCAUGCAUGAUGCAUGCUAUUGAUCAUAUCUUGUGAUUUCGUUCGAUUUUUCUUGAGGAACAUUGAGUAAUAAGAUCAAUUGAAUGUGCUUUUGAUUGAAUGAAAGAAAAAAACAGAGAAUAGAUGUGCUAGUACAAUAAAAAUUCAUGUCAUGAUCACAUGCAUGCAUGCAUUUGAUCAUCAGCAAGCAAAUUUUUAUUUUAGAAUUAUGGUCACAAGCAUUCAAUGCAUUAAUUUGGUUUUCAUCA